GUCCUCUCUGAUCUGCACGGCUUUUCUGCACCGAGGAGGGACUCACGUGAAGGGGGAGGCGCCCGAGCGAGGCGAGCCCGAAACAACUGCUGGCCGAAUUUAACAAUUAACCUUGAUGAACACAGAUUGGUUUCACUUAACAGGCGCAGGUGCGUGCAGAUUGCGAUACGGCGCAGCUGAGCGAUUCCGCGUCCAUGACUGACGCAUUUCAUGCCAAACACAGAAACUACAGGAGAGGAUUUUGCAGCUGAUGUUAUUAGUACUAUUGUUUUUUGUAUCAUAGCGGGGCAGGAUACAAUGGGAGCCCGUCCGAUACGCACCCUUCGGAGUAUGCUGAAUUGAUUUGGAGGUUUAUAUAUCGGAAUUUGACCGCCGUGUCAUUGCCCAGUCUACCAGUCCCAGCAGCUAAAAGGCAUCUUCGAGAAGAGAGAGAGGGGGAACUGUCCGCUUCACUACUCCUCCAUCUGCGCCCUGGACGGCUUGAAAUGAGGACCACAUCCCGGCUGUGUUCCGUGUAAAAAGAGGCAACGCGGGGCGGCAGUUUCUUCGGCUCUCAAGGACGCUUUUUAAAAAAAAGAAAAGUGGCCGGCGGCCGAGCUGCGAAGCAUGGAGCGGGACGACACCGACACCGUGAGCGCGUCCAAAAAGACAAUAAUCGCCAAGAUAUUCAAAGUUCGCAAAAGGAGGGAGAUGCUUUUCGUUCAGGUGUGCUUUAUCUGCAGUGUCCUCUUCGUGGCGUGGGGCAUGUCGGCGCUUCUGACCAAGACAGGCCAUGGCAUGCUGGUGGAGGGACAUCCGAACCCUGAUCACUGGGGGAGACGGCUAAUGGCUUCAGUAUCAGACAACGAAACAGAGAAGAACUGUUCAGAUCCAGCGGUACACGAGUUCCCCGAUGACCUUUUCACCAAUGAUGAACGUAAGAGGGGGGCCGUUCUGCUCCACAUCAUGGCGGCCCUCUACAUGUUCCUGGCCCUCGCCAUAACCUGCGACGAAUACUUUGUGACAUCGCUGGAGAAGAUCUGUGAGAAACUAGAUCUGAGUGAAGAUGUUGCAGGAGCCACCUUCAUGGCAGCUGGCAGCUCUGCUCCAGAGCUUUUUGCAUCUGUCAUUGGUGUCUUCAUCACACACGGUGAUGUGGGGGUGGGGACCAUCGUCGGCUCAGCGGUCUUCAACAUCCUUUGUAUCAUCGGUGUGUGUGGGAUCUUUGCUGGACAGGUGGUGAUGUUGACGUGGUGGGCAGUUUUCAGGGAUUCCUCCUACUACAUCCUGUCUGUUGUGGCUUUAAUCGCAUUCAUCUACGAUGAUAAGAUAGUUUGGUGGGAGAGCUUGAUACUGAUGGUCAUGUAUGCUGGAUACAUUCUUGUCAUGAAAUUCAACUCCAGCAUGCAGAACUUUUUCAUGGGCCCCAAAAAGAGCAAGAACGUGGCCAAUGGUAACGCUGCGGCCAGCAGCGAGAUGGAGGACGUCAAGCCCACCAAGGCUUACAGCCGUGGAUCGGUGGUGAUGGUGGACGAGAUCAUGAACGCCAGCCCUUCGAAGUUCCGUUUCCCAGAAGCUGGCCUACGUGUCAUGGUCACCAGCCAUUUUGGACCCAAAACCCGCCUGCGCAUGGCGAGUCGCCUCAUCAUUACAGAGCGCCAGAAGUUGGUCCAAGCUGCUAAUGGAGUGGAGACACAAGUGAUUGACGGGAAGGUUGAAAUCGAGAAUGGAAACGUGCCAGAGGACAAACCCAGCGAGACACCGGAAAACGAAACCAUCUCACCGUUUGCUCUUCCAAGAGGUAUUGGCAGCAGGUUAAAGUGGCUGAUCUCGUGGCCUCUGCUCCUGCUGCUUUUCUUCACGGUCCCGAACUGUGCCAAGCCCCGCUGGGAGAAGUUCUUCAUGCUCUCCUUCAUUCUGUCCACCGUCUGGAUCGCCGUCUUCUCCUACUUUAUGGUCUGGAUGGUGACUAUAAUCGGGUACACUCUGGGAAUCCCUGAUGUCAUCAUGGGCAUCACUUUCCUGGCAGCAGGCACCAGCGUCCCAGACUGCAUAGCCAGUCUAAUAGUGGCUCGGCAAGGUUUGGGAGACAUGGCGGUGUCCAACACUAUUGGCAGUAACGUGUUUGAUAUUCUCGUGGGACUGGGGGUUCCAUGGGGGAUUCAGACCAUGUGUGUCAGCUACGGAUCAGAGGUGAUGAUUAACAGUCGGGGCCUGGUGUACUCUGUGGUGCUUCUGCUGGGCUCUGUGGCCCUCACGGUGCUGGGGAUCCACGUGAAUAAAUGGCGGCUGGACGUGAAGCUGGGCAUUUACGUCCUGGUGUUGUACGCCAUCUUCCUCUGCUUCUCCGUUAUGAUCGAGUAUAACGUCUUCACCUUCGUCAACCUGCCCAUGUGCAUGGAGGAGUAGAGCACAGCAGCAUGCCUCGGAUACCAAAACCUCAACGCUCCCAUAGAAACCCCCAAAAAUCCUUUUUUUUUUUUUUUUUUUUUCAAUAAUACUGGACCUAUCUGCAGACUCUUCUUCUCCUCUCUGCGCUCUUUCUCGUUAGUCCCAAAUACGAAUCUCAUUUCCAAGAGGCAGUACGGGGUCCAUCCUACGUCUCUGAUUUGUCCUCUUGUCACACAGUGCCGGUCCUGAAUGCCCGUUCUUUGGGGCAUUGCCUGUUAUUGCAGUAAAGUCUUUAGUUCCUGUGUGCGCCUGUUAACUUUCUACCCAUCUAGCAUGCCUUUUAGAUGUCGGGGACCUCCAGAAUCAUAAGUGCCCCCUGUUGAUUGUUGGUGUGCGUUUUCACUGUCUUCACAUUGUAGAUUUCCACACACCAUUUUCCAAAGCCUUUCCAAGAACCAAACCAGAGUCUGUGAAGAAGAAAAAUUCCGACCAAAACUCCCCCAAUGCAAAGAUAACUCUCGUUCCUAAAAGAAUUACAGUUAACCCCCGCACCCAAAGAACGACUCCUUUUCUCGGCUCUCUCCCUCACGGAGGAGGGCUUUGUCCUCGGCAGCUCCCCUCCUCCAGCCUGGACCCGACUCCCCCUGGCAUGGCCUUUUGGCAUCAGGGAGCAAAUACUGUUAGUACUCCACUCACCCUCCUGCAGCUCUUCUCCGCCCUCAUCUGCUCGAAUCAAACCUGCUUUUGAUUUCUUUAAAAAAAAAAAAAAAAAAAGGAGAAAAAUAGACUUUUUGUCAGGACACUCUGUGUCGAGAUGUAUCACGGUCCAGAUCAGACGACUGUGAGGGUGUUAUGCAUACGCAGCACUGCACAAUGUAAAACUUGUAAACACUUUUUUUUGUUUUUGUAUUUAUUUUUUCAAACCAAGGUUUUUGUCUGGUAUGAAAUACGGAGGAGAGCUCGUUGCAAAUAUAGGACAUUGCCUGUUUUUCACUGAAACAAAAAUUGCACAUGGAAAAAUGCUUUUCUUGCUUUGUGCUGUAAGGAGAUUUGACCACUCGAAGGGGGGAUCUGGCCGGUGGCGGCGACUCCACUCCGAUGUUCUUUUCAUUCAGCGAUGGGUCAGUCCACUGUUCCUCCCUGCACAACUUCAGAAAAAAAACCACUGGCUCCAUAUCUGUGGGAUGCAUCCGUUUCGUUUUUUUGUCGCCAUCAGGUGACGGCAGAAGCAUGGAGGUCGUUGUUUUAAAGAAAAAUGCAAAGAAACCAGACGGUUUUCAACACUGACUGUCUGCUAUAACACCCUCUGGCCAGCAGGGGGCAGCGCAGCCCCUCUGCUCAGGGCGGGGGUGCCAACCACAGCCAACGGUUAUCAGGGAAACUCAGAGAUGGACAACUCCAGGAGAUGGCGAUGGUGAUGGUCUCUUGAUUUUGAGUUACAUGUAGAUAUUGCACUUUAACAGCCGUCCUCUCAUUCUGAAUCAACUAGUGCUUCCUUUUGUGCGUGUGUAUUUUCAGUGUAAAUGUGACUGUGUGUGUGUGUGUGUGUGUGUGUGUGUGUGUGUGUGUGUGUGAGAGAGAUAGAGAGAGAGAACAACUGUAUGUGUGUGUGUGUGUGUGUGCUCAGUUUUCCCACACCGGGGCUCUCGACUCUCGAAACAGACUGGAAACUCGUUAUAACACCAUGAGCACACCCGCCUCUGUCUGCAGUGCAUGCUGGGACAUUAAAAGAAACGCAGCUCCACCACAGCACAGCAAAAAGGCUGAGGGCCACCGGGCGUCUCGAAGGAAGCCGCCCGACCCACUUUACAAAAAUCGGCAGCUACGAGCUACACUGCAAUCCAGACAUUUUGACAUCAUGCAAAAAUUGGCCCGAGAGGAGUCCACAAAGAGGUGCAGAGACUUUAAAAAAGAGAAGAAAAAAAGAAGCGUGUGCGGUUUUUAGGUGUUGAAAAUAUUCCUGUGCCACACUGUUGGCAGCAGGCACUUGUAUAUGCAAUCUCAAUUUAAAGAAUUCUAUGUGACAGAAGGCCCCUGCAAGGAUGCCAUAUAUAAAGCCGGGAGGGGGGGGGGAUCCCGUGGAGAUGUGACGUCGGUUUGUCUAGUGAUGUGUGAGCUCACAGGUGUGUGUGUGCGUGUGUGUGGCAGCCGAGGAGCUGAGCCCAAAGGAUGGACGUCCUACACACCCUCUCUCCCCCUUUUUUUUCCCUAUUCCUUGUCCCCCUCUUUGCACAAGGGCAUUAACUCUCCACCAAACCCCGAGCUUGAAGGAGCAGAGGGGGACGGAUGAACGGAUUUCCUCCAGCGCCCUGGGGACAUUUGUGAAGGACACGGAUGAGAGCAGACUUUAAGGAAUUUUUAAAAAAAGUUGGACCCCCUUAAGCUGCUCCUCUAUCAGGUUUCAAUCGGCUGUGGACGGAGGUGACCACACAGGGCCUACAGACUCCUCCACACACCCACUGACUCCUCAUACACCCCCCUUCCUCCCCCUCCACCCUUUCAGUGGGUCUUCUGUACAUACAGGACCUAGUCUUUUGUGGGGAUGGCACGUCUGUACUGUACUCGAGUUGAUUCAGAAUGUGCAGGUUUUUUUUCUUUCUUUGGUGUGUUUUUUGUUGUUUGCUCUGUGUGGUCAUGUCCCGGGUUGCCAGGUUUGCGUGGUGACACCCACAGCAGGGGGAAGAAAAAACAAACUCUUCUCGUCCUCAUCUUGACGCACAGCGUACGUUCUCACCGGUUGUCUGACUCGCAUCAUUUUUUUUUUUUUUUUUUUGGAAGAGAGGAAAAAAAAAAAUCAGUAGAAUUCAGAUGCCAUACUUUGUCGUAGCUCUGCAUUAAAUCCAGAUUGUAUGGAAAUCCUGUGUACAAAAAUAAGCGCACACAUUUUAGAAAACACACACACACACACGUUAGAAAUGGCAAUUGAACACAAGAGAGGACCGGUAUGUAUUUCUUGAUUGAAUGCGACCUGAUGCACUGUGAGCUCAAUGUGACGUGGGAGUUGUUUGUCAAGAAUAAUAAAUGAUUAAAAAAUAUAUUUAAUGUAAAGUUAGUUACUAUAAAAACAUUACUGAGGACAUCUGUAUAACUUAUAUGAAUGUAUUGUCUUGCUAUACUGGACAUAUCCAACCAAUGCAUUUUACUGUAAAGCAAUAAUGUGAAGAAAAAAAAUAAAAUGGCAAAAAUAAUUCCUGUA